CUGAAGCCGGAGGACAACGACUUCUACGCCUGUCUUGCACAAACUGACGUAAAUUGCAUCACCCUGGCUCCCUCGCCCUCUCAACCGCCGGGUCGGCUCACGGUUCGUUUCGCUCCAAUUCACGUACUACCUGCAGCCGUCUGGGCAGCCUCACAUCCGAGCACCCUGUUUUCGACCUCCAACUCUUUCAGAACCUACCCCUCAUUGGGCUCCGAGCCCGGUUCCCUCGGCUUCAGCUCAGUUUCCAGCUUGCCAGGCUGCGACUUCGAGGCUGGUCAGGGCGGCUCGAGGGCACAGAACUGGCUGCGAAACGGCAGCGGUGGUCCCGCAAAGCCGGGCCCCGGGAACAAGAUCGCCGAGGUGUACGGACUGGCGCAUCGUGUCUCCCAUUUGAUAUGCCGAGCCAAGGGGCAGCCACCACCCAGUUGGGAGUGGUACCCUCCGGGCAGCAACAGGCCAAUACCGAAGGACUCGGAUGGGUGA